UAACCCCAAAAGCGUGUAAUUCAGUUGGGAUCAAGCCCACUCGUUCAAGUUGGAGGACAUCGCCCAAGCUGAGGCGGCCAAGAUUAUCAACGAAUUUCUAAAUAGUUUGGUGAUAUUUAUUUAGUGUCAAUAUGAUCACUUGAUUGCUCUCUCUUAUUUCCACGAAUUCCAUAUUUUCGGUGAUAUUUUGAUCGUUUUACUUAUUUCUGUGAUUUUAUCUUAAUCUUUUGUAUAUGACCUCCUCCUUAUGCCAAAAGUUUCAACUUCUGAUGAGAUGAAACCUGGAAGUCGCGCCGUUGUGAUUUUAUGAUUGUAUUAUUCCAAAUUUGGUUUUGACAAAAAGGAACAUAAGUUUUAAGUAAUUUUUAUUUUGCAUGUACGUUGUAUUUGCCAAAUUGCCAUCUUUGAUUUGUCAAAGUUUUUUUUUUUUUUUUUUUGGUGGUCGGGUGUAUUGAGGGGUUAAGUAUUUUGAACCCUCACUGUUGCAUUUGCUUUCAGAAUUGGUGAAUUACUGUAAUUUGAAAGAUAAAUGUAAUCUUGUAGAUAGUAAUUAUAUGUUACUUGCAGAUUUGGUUUGCGGUAUCCUGAGAUGGGCUUCAAUAAGGUGUACAGGUUAUUGCAAGAAAUCUUUCCGGAGAUUGAUGCUCGGCUCCUUAGAGCUGUUGCAAUUGAGCAUAGCAAGGAUGCCGAUGCCGCAGUUGAAAUUGUGCUUUCAGAGAUAAUUCCCUUCUUUAUGGAAAGAUCUACACCAAGCUCUCCUCUGAUUGAGAACAUGUCCAUUGGCGAAACAUUGCAAGCUCCUAUUGGUGGCACAAAUAUUGUUCCUACUGUAGAUGGCCAAUCUUUGAAUGCAGUGGGUUCCAUGGGAAUUCAAGAUGGCUGUAAUGUAACAGUUGGGGAUCUGGAUUCUUCUCUAUCUUCCCAUGAUGCUGAUGAUGGGAACAAUGAACCCUUAUAUGACACAUACUACAGCCAUUGUGGACAAGGUAAUACUACCGAUGGGGAUAAUGUACAUACUCUUCAAACCAAAGAAGACCUCCAAACCAGUGAUAUCUUUUUAUUAGAGAAAUUACCAGAAAGUGAGAAGUUGGGUACCCAACAGGUGUAUGAUGCUGGUAUAAGUCAGAAUGUGAAUAUCAAAGACACAGUAGAGCAUGGUCAUUUAGAAACUGAAGCCAGCACAACUACCAACAAAGAAAAUGAGAAUGAAAAGUCAUUGGCAGAUGGAAACACUGCUGUGCUGGGGGUUGAAUCAUUGACUGUUGAUGAUCAAUCAAUGUAUCCUUCCGAAUGCAGCAUUCAGCUGGGAGUGAUUCGGGAGAUUCAGAAAAGUGAUUUAGAGGGUUUAGAUGCAAGUUUGUCAAAUGAUACUGGUUUGCAGAUGGAAACUGGAAGCUCUACUGUUAGCAGUGAGGAUGCUAAUUUGAAUGACUCCAUGUCCCAAGCUAGCCAAAUGCGUAUCAUUGAAGUUCUUGAGCAAGCUUUAGAAGAUGCAAAAGCUUAUAAGACAACUGUGUCAUCCGCAAUGCAGCCUGUUAUUAGCUUGAUGAAAGAGGUGGAAUGUAAAAAGCAAGCUGCAGAACAAGCCAUGGUGGAAGCUGCAAUUGGGGGUAAUGACAUACUUGCUAAGGUUGAAGAGGUUAAACAAACAAUUCAACAUGCAAAGGAGGCGAAUAGCAUGCAUGCUGGUGAGGUGUACGGGGAGAAGUCCAUCUUAGCAAGUGAGUUGAGAGAGCUUCAAUCUCGUGUGCUAUCUCUGUCCGAUGAAAGAGAUAAAUCUCUUUCUGUCCUUGUUGAGAUGCAUCAUGCUUUAGAGUUGCAAAUAGCUGAGGCUGAGGAUGUCAUCAAAUCUGCAGAGCAGAUGAAAGUAGAAAAGGAAAAUGCUGCAAUGAAAGCCCUUGCUGAUGAGGAGCUGAUUAUGGGGAAAGUGAUGCAUGAAUUGGAAGUCCUGAAACAGCAGGUGGAAGAAAACGCAAAGUUGCAGGAAUUUCUCGUGAGCCGUGGACGCAUUGUAGAUAUGCUGCAAGGAGAAAUUGGUGUUGUAUGUCAGGAUGUGAGGCUGCUUAAAGAGAAGUUGGAUGAUCACAUUCACUUUAGCAAGUCUGUCUCUAACUCAGUCUCAUCGGGCAAGUUAGCUUACUCCCUUUCAUCCUUGGAGGUUGAAGCGGUUUCUGAUUCAUUGGAGGCCACCGCCACCACCACCACCACCAAGGCAAAAGAAAGACAUCCAAGUGAUGAGCAACAAUCAGAUGAUGAUGGCAAGGCAGUUCUAGAGGGUGGAUGGGAUCUGUGCGAAAAUGAAAAUGAUGACGCCUAUGGUUGGGCGAGGAUGGCUGCCUUGGGUUGAUCGAACUUGCACUAUAUAUAUAUAUAUAUAUCUUAUUGGUGGUUUGGACUUGAGCCUCAGGACCCCGUUUGUUUUUAUUUAUUUCGUUUUUCAUGAAUAAUCAGUUUCAUAGCUUCCUGGAUUGAUUGCCUGACUGUCAAUGUGGAUUGUGGGACUUCAGGUGUAUAUAUUUUAUUUUGCUUGGUUUUGUUGGUUGGA